AUGGCUUCCGAGCAAAUUCCCAAAACCGUCAAGCAUUGGAAUAUUGAAAAGUUUGGUGGAUUCGAUGGGCUCAAGUUCUCCGAGCAGGCCCUGCCUGAGUUGGGCGACGCUGAAGUUCUAGUUAAGCUGGAGGCAGCUUCUCUCAAUUAUCGUGACCUCACCCUUGCCAGGGGAGAAUAUCCUCAUGGAAAGAGAGAAAACGUCAUCCCCGGAUCCGAUGGCGCAGGCACAGUCGUAGCCAUCGGCAAGCAAGUGUCUCGCUUCCAGCCCGGCGACAAAGUCGUCUCCACGUUCAACCAGGCAUACAUUGGCGGAAACCUGAAUCCCCAGACGUUCAAAACCAGCACCGGAGGCAUCCUCGACGGCACACUAAGAACGUACGGCGCAUUCAACGAACAUGCUCUUGUCCGCGCGCCGUCAACUUUGACAGCUCGCGAGGCGUCUACGCUGCCCUGCGCCGCAUUGACGGCCUGGAACGCUUUAUACGGAUCCCUCGACCACGUCGUCAAGGCCGGUCAAUGGGUCCUUGUCCAGGGCACCGGCGGCGUGAGCAUCUUUGCCCUGCAAUUCGCCAAAGCCGCCGGCGCAAGAGUCAUUGCCACCACCGGAUCUCCCAGUAAAGUCGAGACCUUGAAGAAACUCGGCGCCGACCACGUCCUCAGCUACAAGGACGACCGCAAAUGGGGCGAGACAGCGAAGAAGCUCACCGGCGGCCGCGGCGUCGACAUCAUUGUCCAGGUGGCCGGCGUCAACGAGAUGGAGCAGAGCAUCGAGGCCAUCCGGAUGUGUGGCGUCAUCACCAUCGUCGGCUUCUUGGCUGGCCGGUCGGGCGAGAACGAGAUGAGCUUCCAGAGGUGCCUGGCGAAGAUGUUUACGGCGCGGCCCGUCUUUGCGGGCAGUAGGGUCCAGUUGGAGGAGAUGAUUGAGGCGAUUGAGGCGCAUCCGGAUGUGCUGAGGCCGGUGAUUGACGAGAGGGUGUUUAAGCUGGAGGAGCUUAAGGAGGCGUAUGAGUACAUGUGGUCGGGCAAGCACUUUGCUAAAGUGGUGAUUGAGAUGAACUAA